AUGUUACCACAAAAACAAUCAACAACCGGGCAGAAAGCCCAUCGACGUAACAUGAGUUUGACAAUCGGUAAUAAUAGUUCGUCAGAAAAUCUCCUUACCCCUCCAAAUAACAUAAGGGUUGAUAAUACAAGAAAUAAUCCAACCUCACAAACAUAUCUUGCACCAAUUGAUACAUUAACAUCGGGAAAAAAAUCUCAUUUAAAUAAUAUAUUAAAUGAAAAGAUUUCACCUUUAACCCCACCUACAACUCCAUCAAAAGAUAAACAUUAUAAUCCUUUUACUCUGAAAAAAGUAAGAAAACCUGAUGGUAAUUUACCUCAAUCAACAGUUGUUGAUGUAAAAAAACUGUUUUUUAUGCUCGUUUUUUGUGGUGCUCUUGUUGUGUUCUUUGGUGCCUUGACCGGUAUAGGAAUUCCAUUUGAUGGGAAUGAAUUUGAUAUCGUUAAUAUCGACUCGGAUAAUUCGGAUAAUGUACAAUUAACUAACGAUAUAAAUGAUGGUGAAUCCUCUAAAAGUUGGGAUGAAAAUCAAGAAAAUUCUGAGAAACAAAAUGAGGAAGAAAAAUUUGACGACGAUCUUACAAGAGAUACUAGCGAUAAUGACGAUAUAAAUGGACUUGCCAAUGCUAUAGUUCAAGAUCUUGCGGAAGAACCCGAAUUAGUAACUGUUGUACCUGAUCAAAAAAAUAUUGAUCAAAGUUCAGUACUUCAACCCGAACCAGUUAACAUUGAUGAAAAUGUCGAUGAAAAAAUGGAAAAUAUCGUAAAAGACUUGGAAGGCAAUUCCGAUAAAAUCCUCUCAAAUAAUGAUAUCGAUACUCAAGGAAGUAAAGGCAAAGUUGAACAAAAAAUCGACGAAAUUUCUGUUUUCUCCAAUAAACUUAAAAAUAAGAAAAAUAGGUAUCCCGAUUAUUUUAAUCGCGCAUAUAGAAAUCAUGAAACUCAUUUCACUUAUGAUGAUGUUUUUGAGUCACUUACAGAAGAAGAACGAGCAGAUAUUCUUGCAACUAAAUCUUUAGAAAUUAAUACGGACGCAAGUUUGGAUUCAUCUUGCGGUUCAUGGCAAGAUAAUUAUUCAAGGUUACAUGAAGAGAUCUUGUCAAGAAAUGGUUCUCAACGAUAUGUGAGUUACAUUUGUGAUGUCAAUAUUAAUUGUGGAGGGUUGGCUGACCGCAUUCUUGGAAUGACAUCUGCAUUUGUAUUUGCAUUACUUACAAACCGAGGAUUUCUCGCGGAUUGGCAGACCAACCUUCCAAUUGAAGCUAUUUUCAAUUCACCAAAUAUUGAUUGGAGUUACGAUUCAUUAAAUCUACCUUCUGAUAUUCGAGAACUUGAAACGAGCGAACUUAGCAUCAUAGAUUUCGAUGCCAAAAAUCUAGAUGAAAAGUUUAUGCUUUCUAAUUGGACAACAAAAUAUCCAAGUUCUUUUAUAAAGUUUUAUUCCAAUCGUGGAAUGAUCAUAAGAACUUUUGAUUCUAAAUUUUAUGCACAAACAUUAAAAGAUAUGGGAUUAAGACCACACACGGCAUUUGGAUGCAUUCUUGAUUAUUUAUUCCGUCCAGUUCCAAGUGCAUUAUCAUUUAUCACACAAUAUACAUCAUUAUUUGCGCUUUCAAGUAUAUUUACCGUCGGAAUACAGAUUAAAACUCAGAAUGGUUUAAAAUCUUUACAAGAUUACAAACAUUAUUUUGAUUGUGCGGACCAACUUACACAAACUUAUGCUGCGCCACAUCAAAAGGUUAUUUAUUAUGUUGUAACAGAUUCGGUAAAAUUAAGAGAAGCAGCAGUAGAAGAAUUAGAACAUGUAGUGGUUUCUGGUUUACCUAUUGAUCCAACUUUUGACAACCUUGAUGAUAUUGAUAGUGCAAAUAAUGCUAUUAUUGAAAAUUGGAUUUUUAGCAAAACGGAUUAUAGAGUAAUUUCACCAGGAGAUUAUGGUAAAUUGGCAGCUUUCCAUUCAAAGCAAUUGCAUACCACAGUUUUCAUGGAAAAUUCUCAUAAUAUUCCAGAUUGUACGAGAGAGGAUACGUUUAUCACAUUUAAUAAUUUAGCAAAUGAAUCUUCAUUAGGUUAA